UAUACAACACAUGCAGCUGCCAAGUGGGUGAUUUAUUUAGCUAUUUGUUCAUGAGUGGGAAUCUUAGGCUAUAAAACGAGUUGACUGAGGUGAGGUUGUUAUUCAUAUCUAGAAACACCAUGAGUCGUCGUCUCACGCUGGGUGCUCUGAUCUUGCUGGCGUGUUGCAUGUCUACAGGAGCAGUUUCAGUGACGACAGACAUCUGUGAAGGUCAGCAGACCACCCUGAAUUGUGGGAGUUCUCUAAUCAACGUGGUCAGUGCCAACUAUGGACGCACAGACAGUGUGACCUGCAUCUCUGGUCGUCCAGCCAAUCAGAUUAGAAAGACGGACUGCAUCAACCCCAAAACCUUCUUGUUGGUGGCAAGCAUAUGCAAUGGAAAGACAAGCGGUUCUCUGGUUGCCUCCAACUCUGUGUUCUCUGAUCCCUGUCCUGGAACCUACAAAUACCUGCAUGUGACCUACAUCUGCGUUCCCAAAAUUUCAGAGAAGACAGUGAUCUGUGAAGGUCAGCGGACCACCCUGAACUGUGGGAGUUCUCUGAUCAACGUGGUCAGUGCCAACUAUGGACGCACAGACAGUGUGACCUGCAUCUCUGGCCGUCCAGCCAAUCAGAUUAAAAGGACCAACUGCAUCAGCACUGCUCGAUCACUGCCAUUGGUGGUUAGCAUAUGUGAUAGAAAGAAAAGCUGUUCUCUGGUUGCCUCCAACUCUGUGUUCUCUGAUCCCUGUUCUGGAACCUACAAAUACCUGGAUGUUACCUACACCUGCAUUCCCCCAAUUUCAGAGAAGACAGUGAUCUGUGAAGGUCAGCGGACCACCCUGAACUGUGGGAGUUCUGUGAUCAACGUGGUCAGUGCUAACUAUGGACGCACAGACAGUGUGACCUGCAUCUCUGGUCGUCCAGCCAAUCAGAUUAGAAAGACCAACUGCAUCAACACUGCAAGAUCACUGCCAUUGGUGGUUAGCUUAUGUGAUAGAAAGACAAGCUGUUCUCUGGAUGCCUCCAACUCUGUGUUCUCUGAUCCCUGUUAUGGAACCUACAAAUACCUGGAUGUUACCUACACCUGCAUUCCCUCAAUGAAUAUUGUUGGGUAGAAGGAGAGCUCCAUCCCUGGAACAGACUGGACCCGGGGGUGAACCUGUUUCAAGGACGAAGACUAAUUCAAUAUUGAAUAAAUUCCUCCAUUCACUUGUA